AUGGAAAGAGUGUUGAUAAUUGAUCCUGAUCCAAGAUUAAAUCUUCAAUUAUUUUGGGUAUCAUAUUUUCCAUUUGCAAAUAGUAAUCAUAAUAUUAUAUAUACAAUUGUCAUGGCAUUACAAAUGUAUGGAACAGCAAGUGCUGCUGUGUCUUAUGCUUGUUUUGAUAUGUUAAUAUGGCUAUUGAUAAUACAACUAUGUGGACAGUGUAAAAUUGUUCAAAGAUCGCUGAAAAAUCUUGAAAUUGGUGAUGAAUCACAAAAUUAUUGGUCUAAUCUCAGAACAAUUGUUAAAAAACAUCAACAAAUUAUCAAAUUUACUGAAACUCUUGAAGAAACAUUUAAUUUUGUUUUAUUGUUGCAACUUAUUGGUUGUACUCUUUCAUUUUCUCUGCAAGCACAAGCUAUUUUGAUGUCUGUUCAGGGACAUGUUAAUAUUUUACAAAUUGGAAUGGCUGGAAUUUUAAUGAUCGGCUCAAUUUUACAAUUAUUUCUUUAUUGUUGGACAUGUGAAAUGUUAAUUUCAGAAAGUUUAGAAAUAUCAUACAGUUUUUAUCAGUGUAAAUGGUAUAAUUUACCAUUUAAAAAAGCAAAGUGUUUGACAAUCAUUGGUUAUGGAAGUUCAAAGCCACUUCAUCUAACUGGCUUUAAAGUACUUAAAACUUCAUUUUCUUAUUUAUCGGUCCUACUUGCUGCAAAAGAUAAAUAA